CUCUGUGUUUCAGUCUGAAGCCGUUGGCUGCUACGGAACCGUUUGGCUCUUUUCUCUACUAGCGAGCAACACUACAUUCAAGACCCGACUGUACACCCAGCUCAAUUUUAAGGGGAUUUAUCACUAUAUAUGCCCGUAUAUUCAAAACACAUCGCUCACUGGGGAUUCCAGCUACCGGUUGACCUGUUCCGAAGGCCGUUAUAACGCUCUUUUCGGGGUUUAAUUAGAGCUUGAAAACAGCGGUGGUAGUGGAGGAGAUUCCAUAUUAGGAGCACAGAGGAGAAGGCACCCCCUCCCCCCUUGUGUGAUUUGGAGCUUUAGGUUCUGAGCCCAUGGUCCAAGUCCUGACUGACUGAUCAUAGUGGUGGUGCAUACAGACUUACUGCUGGGGAUAGAAGUGUGUGUGCUGACCUCAUGGUGUAACCGGAUUAAAAAUGAGCAUUAGCAGUGAUGAGGUCAACUUCCUGGUCUACAGAUACCUACAGGAAUCAGGGUUCUCCCACUCUGCAUUUACAUUCGGCAUAGAGAGCCACAUCAGCCAGUCCAACAUCAACGGAGCUCUGGUGCCCCCUGCUGCCCUCAUCAGCAUCAUCCAGAAGGGCCUGCAGUAUGUGGAGGCUGAAGUCAGCAUCAACGAGGAUGGCACGUUAUUCGACGGCCGACCCAUCGAGUCUCUGUCGCUCAUCGACGCAGUGAUGCCAGACGUGGUCCAGACGAGGCAGCAGGCGUACCGGGACAAAAUGGCCCAACAGCAGGCUGCAGCUUCGGCGCCGGCAUCGGCCGCAGGGGGCAGCAUAGCCGGCAACACCAAGAACGGAGAGAACACUGCCAACGGGGAGGAGAACGGAGCCCACGCCUUAGCUAACAACCACUCAGAUCUGAUGGAGGUGGAUGGAGACGUGGAGAUCCCUCAGAACAAGGCCAUGGUCCUGAGGGGCCACGAGUCAGAGGUCUUUAUCUGUGCCUGGAACCCAGUGAGCGACCUGCUGGCUUCUGGGUCUGGGGAUUCGACGGCUCGUAUCUGGAACCUGAGUGAAAACAGCACCAGCAGCUCCACGCAGCUGGUCCUGAGGCACUGCAUCAGAGAAGGAGGACAGGACGUCCCCAGCAACAAAGACGUCACCUCGCUGGACUGGAAUAGCGAGGGCACCCUGCUGGCCACAGGCUCAUAUGACGGCUUUGCCAGAAUAUGGACAAAAGACGGUAAUCUAGCCAGCACCCUGGGGCAACACAAAGGCCCCAUCUUUGCCCUGAAGUGGAAUAAGAAAGGCAACUUUAUCCUCAGUGCAGGAGUAGACAAGACUACAAUCAUAUGGGACGCUCACACAGGAGAGGCCAAGCAGCAGUUCCCCUUCCAUUCAGCUCCAGCUCUGGAUGUGGACUGGCAGAGCAACAACACGUUUGCUUCUUGUAGUACAGACAUGUGCAUCCACGUCUGCAAACUGGGACAGGACCGGCCUAUUAAGACAUUCCAGGGACACUCAAAUGAAGUUAAUGCAAUCAAGUGGGACCCUACGGGGAACCUGUUAGCAUCCUGCUCAGAUGAUAUGACGUUGAAGAUCUGGAGUAUGAAGCAGGACUCGUGUAUCCACGACCUGCAGGCCCACAGCAAAGAAAUCUACACCAUUAAAUGGAGUCCUACGGGACCGGGAACCAACAAUCCCAGUGCUAACCUCAUGCUAGCGAGUGCAUCGUUUGACUCCACGGUGCGUCUGUGGGAUGUGGACCGGGGGAUCUGCAUCCACACGCUGACCAAGCACCAGGAACCGGUGUACAGCGUGGCGUUUAGCCCCGACGGGCGCCACCUGGCCAGCGGCUCCUUCGACAAAUGUGUUCACAUCUGGAACACACAGACGGGGGCGCUGGUGCACAGCUACAGAGGGACAGGCGGGAUCUUUGAGGUGUGUUGGAAUGCAGCAGGAGACAAAGUGGGAGCCAGUGCGUCAGAUGGAUCUGUGUGUGUAUUAGACCUGCGGAAAUAGAGCUGCUGUUCGCUGAAAGCCAUGGACCGACCAUGAAUGUGUACAUAGCCAAAUGACUGUCCCUGCCUGCCCUGCGUACUGCUCACGCUUAGGCCCCGCCCACCGACUUACAGGAAGCAGGACACAGGAACAGGAAGCGAGUACCGACACAGCAGGUCCACACACGCGCGGAUAAAGUGACAGAUGAACGGAGUGGCGCCCCCCUCUGUUGGAUCAGACUCUCAGAGAGAAGCAGAAGCGGGAUGCAAUGGAAAUGGAGCAGAGAUGUGACGGAUCGGAAUAUUUACCAAAAUAUGGAAGCUGUUUGGCUUUUUGAUCUGGGAAACAUUCCCAUCGUCAUCAAAAUGUACAACAAUGAAAACGUGUUGAUCUAUGUUGCUAGUCAGAUCUUAUUGUGGACAUAUCGGCUCCUCCACCACAGAUAGGAUGGCACUUAGGGUUUCUUUUUUUUUUUUUUUUUUUAAUUUCAGAUGUCUCGUUCUAUAUUUUUUAUCAUGUGAGAGGGUCAAAGGUCAUGGAGAUGUCCCCUCUCUCCCCCCCAGGCAGGUGGCAGCAGCUCACUAAGCUUCACCAGGCAGAUCAAACUCUGGAUUCCUCUGAUUCAUCCACACGGGCAAAUAACACAUGAUGUCCCCCCUUUACACCUCUCCCUGUUCUGACCUGGAAGCUGCAGUAGAACCAGAACCAGGUCCAGACUGACUGCUGGUUUGUUCUGAUUUUAAACUGGGAGCACUGGGAGCUCUGUGUGUUUUUUACUGUUUUCCAUGUCAUUUUUACAGCUUUUUAAAUUAAAUGGAAUAGUUUCCCUUUUUUCCAGUCAUAACUUGUUUCCAUUCAGCAGUAUGGCGCCCUCCAGUGGCUGUAAGGGAAAUGUGGCUGGAAUAUUUCCAGCCUGACGGCAGAUGUCGUCUCUGGAUUUAGUCAAUACAGUGUACCAACACUCCAACCAUUAAAGACUUUCCACUGAACCAGUUCCAGUGUGAAACUGGCCCCGAUCAACUGGUUGGGCUGGGCCAGAACUUCUCAUGGAGACCAAUAAUAACACACCAAAAUUUUGAAUACAGCAUGUCUGAACCUCUGGAAUCCGGCUCUGGUUUAGGAAUAACCACUUAGCCGGCAGAAAAAACCCAGUUAGGAAACAUGAAAUAUUUACUAAGUCUCUUCUUGGAGCUACACCAAUAAAUCAGGCUGGAUUUGCUCAACUUUGGGAGCUGAUUGAUCAGCCGAUACAUACAUGGAAAACCAAUCGUAUCCACUUUCACAUCAGACACCAUCUCCUCCUGUGAGAGGGGUCUGACUGACCACCAGGUCACGUCUGCACAUGCAUGGUUAGCAAUGGUCACCUCUUCAUUGUCUACUUAGUGAUUUUUAGUAACUAUUCUGACAUAUUGGUGUCUGCCAAAAUUGGAAUCAGCAGGAUUUUGCUCCUCUGGUCUGCUGGAUUCUCUCUUCAUUUUUGGAGAAAUUCUUGUCUUGUUUUUGCCAACAGGUUGAUUUCAGUGGCCAGUUGUUUGGCUUUUCUGUCCUCUGCUCAGAUGAGCUGAUGCUCAGAGCAACAGGAUGUUUCAGUCACAUCAGCUGAGGUCAGGACAGGAAGGGCUGUAGAAAUCCAGUUGGUGCGAAACUCUUUACAGGUUUCAACAUUAUUAAAGCAAAAAAGCAAAAAAAA